GCUCAGUGCUCUUGGACCGAUGCACGGCAGAACAGUAUCAUGUAUGUUUGAGGGUCAACCCGCCCGCUGGGGCUCUGGGGACGGCCGCCGCGCAUCGCUUCGUAGGCCGGACGCGCUCAAACGCGGUCACGGUCUACCGUGACCAUCCAUAUAAAGCGUCCCUCGAGCGGACAGCUUCUGAAGUUCGUUUGGACCCGUUCUACCGCGGCCGGUCAAGUGGGCACCAUGCGUUCAGCGACACUCCCUUUGCUUACUGUCGCUCUUCUACUCUUCGUCAUCCCCUCGUCGGCCAAAGCAUCACGGCGCGACGACGCGGGCUUGACCACGCUCUCCGACAACUCGCCCGGGACAUGGCCAGCGCCCAACGCGACGGGCGGGAACGCGUGGACGGACGCGUUCUCCAGCGCGCAAGCCCUCGUCGCGCAAAUGACACUUGAGGAGAAGAUCACCGUCAUCACCGGUCAGUCGGGUCGCUGCGUCGGUAACACGGGUGCAGUCGAGCGACUUGGUGUCCCCGCGCUCUGCCUGGAGGAUGGGCCCGCGGGAGUGCGCCUCAUCCAGGGUGCAUCCCAGUUCCCAGCUGGACAGGCGGUGGCCGCGACAUGGGAUAGGGAUUUGAUCUACCAGCGUGGGCGCGCGAUGGGCCAAGAGUUCUUCGACCAGGGAGUAAACAUCGCGCUUUCCCCUGUGACAGGCGGUCCGCUCGGACGCAGCCCGCGCGGCGGUCGCAACUUCGAGGGUUUCUUCGACGAUCCCUAUGGUACCGGUGAAGCUGCCUACCUGACAGUCAAGGGCGUGCAAGAUGCCGGCGUUCUCGCUACAUCCAAGCACUACAUCGGCUAUGAGCAAGAGACAUUCAGGAACUCCUUCAACCAACUGGAGUCGUACUCAGUCUUCCCUGUGAACGUGCAGGCUCCCAUCUCGUCGAACAUCGAUGACAAGGCACUGCAUGAGUUGUACUUGUGGGGUUUUGCCGAAGCCGUUCGCGCUGGUACGGCCUAUGUGAUGUGCUCGUACAAUGAGGUCAAUCAAACUCAUUCGUGCGCCAAUGCCUACACCCAGAACAACAUCCUGAAGGGCGAGCUUAACUUCCAGGGCGGUAUCAUGUCUGAUUGGGGAGGAGUGUGGGGUGAUGCUGAGUUCAUCAACGGCGGACUCGACAUCUCUAUGCCGGGUGUCGGUAUUGGCGGCGUACUUGGCGCAUGGUGGGGUGACGGCCUUAUUCCCUACGUCCUGGACGGGACAGUUGCCGAGUCUCGAGUGGACGACGCGGUCAUCCGCCUCCUGACUCCCUGGAUCUUCUCAGGUCAAUCCGCGAACCCUCCUCCAGCAGUGACGUGGAACGUCGAUCAGAUUUUUUAUCCAACGGAAGACGCCUACUGGCAUGACGUGCGGAAGAUCGAGACGAUGGCGCUCAUCAGGCAGAUCGGCGAGGACUCUGCGACGCUACUCAAGAACGUGGACGGCGUGCUGCCAUUGGGCACCCCCGGCGUCAUCGCUAUAAUCGGAAGCGACGCAGGCUCCAACGAGCUGAGCGCCCUGAACGGCGAGGGCAACGCUCAGUUCCCGCGCUGGAACAUCAACGGCACGUUGACUCUAGGCGGCGGCUCUGGCUGGGCGACCCCGCCGUACGUUGUUACACCGUAUGAGGCGAUCAACUAUCGUGCGCGCAAGAUGAACUCGCAGGCGUACGCGGUGUUCAACGACUCGGACUACGAUGCGAUCAGCACUACGGUCCAGAGCGCGGACGUUGCGAUCGUAUUCGUGAGUGCGUUCACGAGGGAGGGCGAAGAUCGCGCUACCCUAUACCUUGAUCAUGACGGCGAGACACUGAUUCAGACGGUGGCGGCGAACUGCAACAAUACCAUUGUCGUGAUGCAUGCUGGUGGCCCAGUUCUGGUGGAAGAAUGGAUCGACAACCCGAACGUCAAAGCUGUUAUCGCUGCUCAUUUCCCUGGUCAAGAGUCUGGGGAUGCCAUCGCGAGCGUGCUCUUCGGCGACGUCUCACCGAGCGGCAAGCUCCCCUACACGAUCGGUCACUCCCUCGACGAGUAUCCACCUGACACCAUUGUGGACGACCCGGUUCUCGCACCGCAAGCGUACUUCAGCGAGUCGACGCUGAUCGACUACCGCUGGUUCAGUGCCCUGAGCAUCACGCCGCGCUUCGAGUUCGGCUACGGUCUUUCCUACUCGACGUUCUUGUACAGCAAUAUCUACGUGCAGAGCGUUUUCGAGGCGGACAACAGUACUAUCCAAAAGACAAACGAGCCAUUCGAAGGGCAUGACGGAAGCAAUAGUUUGUAUGAUAUCAUCGCAGCGGUGACGGCGCAAGUCACGAACACUGGGGGUGUGGUCGCAAACGAAGUUGCUCAGCUGUAUGCUACCUUCCCCGAUAGUCUCGGCAUCUGGUUGCGCGGCUUUGACAAGCUCAAGGGCCUUGCGCCCGGGGAGACACGCACUGUCACGUUCUCUCUUCGCCGAAAGGACCUUUCGUUGUGGAGCACGGAGAGGCAGCUGUGGUACAUCCCAGAGGGAGAUAUUCAAUUGCAGGUCGGCGCGAGUUCGACGAAGCUGUAUCUGACGACUUCGUGGUCUUAAUAAUAUCGCGAUGCAUCACACGACUCGACAUUUGAGGUGUAGAUACUAGAAGGGCCGUGGACUUUGUGUAAUUCGUACGCGCGCACGCUUGUGCAAAACUAGUUUAAGUACUUAUUAAUCGCUACUUAUUGGGUUUUAAUAUCAAUCAGACCUGGUUGAAGAGA